AUGAUUCAUGAUGCCGUUCUGGACUACUACGGCAGGCGGCUCGCGACAUGUUCCUCAGACAAGACCAUUAAGAUCUUCGAGGUGGAGGGUGAGAAGCACACAUUAGUCGAGACACUGAGAGGCCACGAGGGCGCCGUCUGGAGCGUAGCAUGGGCCCACCCCAAAUAUGGCAACAUUCUCGCCUCGUCCUCGUAUGACGGCAAAGUCCUCAUCUGGCGCGAACAAUCCGGCAGCUGGCAAAAGAUCUACGAAGUCGCCCUCCACACCGCCUCGGUCAACCUGGUCGCAUGGGCCCCGCACGAGGCAGGCUGUCUUCUCGCGUGCGCAUCGACCGACAGCAAUGUUUCCGUACUCGAAUUCAAGGACAACAAUUGGACACACCAGAUCUUCCCCGCGCAUGGCACAGGCGUGAACAGCGUGAGCUGGGCACCUGCCUUUGCGCCGGGACAGGUCAUGAGCGCGAGUGGGAACCAGGCUGGAGCUGCGAAACGACUUGUUACUGGAGGUAGCGACUGCCAGGUCAAGGUUUGGGAAUUCAGUCCUGAGAGCGGUAGCUGGAACGCAACACUACUUGGGAUCCACGGCGACUGGGUCCGCGACGUAGCAUGGUCCCCCACCGUCCUCUCCAAAUCCUACAUCGCUUCCGCGUCUCAAGACAAAACCGUCUCCAUCUGGACUUCCUCGGACCUGCGCGAGUGGAAGCGCACGCAGAUCGAUGUUGACGCUGCGGCGUGGCGCGUGAGCUGGAGUCUCAGCGGCAAUGCGCUUGCGAUUAGCACGGGCGACAACCGGGUUAGUUUGUGGAAGGAAAGGUUGAGCGGGGGUUGGGAAUGCGUCAAGACGAUUGAAGAGUAG